GAUUCAUCUGCUUCAUAAUCAGUUCAGUGUGCCAAAUACCUUUUCGGCUCUCUGACAGCUAACUUCAGCCCAUUGCUUUGUCACAGGUUUCUAUUAAGAUGAGGAAUCUUCUUGUGGGGGUUUUUCUCGGACUUCUUGCUGUUGUCCACUCAACACCUGUCCAUACUACGACCCAGAUCACAGCUGAAAAUGAAGUUAUCAGAGAGGCUUUGACGGACGGAUACCUCGUCGAACAGUCUUUACUCCCAACAUUGACAACUGAAUCGCCCAAAAGAAACACUUCCGUUCAGCAGAUAACUGACACCACUCAGGAAAGUGCUAAAGGGGAGUCCAUGGAUCACAUAUCUACAUCCACCAUCUUGCCAGAGGACACUCAAGACAACAUUUCAGAUUCAACCACUACCCCAAACCCUCAGCUUAGCUUUACCUCUUCAGAAGAGCCAAAUGAAGCCAAGUCAGGCGUCACGGCCACCCACAUCACAGUCCCUCAAACUACUGACCUUACGACUGCCUUCGACAUUGCCUUCCGGUCCACCCUGAGUUCUGAAUCAGGCUCUGGAGAUGGAGAUGGAGAGAUGUUUACCCAGUACCCGACUACAACCUCCAGUAUGACGUUAGGCUCUGGAGAUGGAGAUGGAGAGAUGUUUACCCAGUACCCUACUACAACCUCCAGUAUGACCUCAGGCUCUGGAGAUGGAGAUGGAGAGAUGUUUACCCAGGACCUUACUACAACCAGUUCACCAUCAACCUCCAUGGCUGAUUUUAUCCCACCAGGAAUGUUUGCAGAAAGCGAAGGAUCAAGUGAAGGAUCAGGAUCAGAUAUUGAGAACAGCAGUAUAGUGCCAAUCAAUGAGACACCUUCGAAGCAAGAACCUUUGAUAAAUAAAGAAAAUAGUCAGAAACUGGGCGAUCCUGACACUACUAACACAGUACACAGCACACCAGGUUGGAUCAUCAUCGUCGGUUUUAUUGUGGGCCUUGCAGCAUUGAUAGUGCUAUUUGUUGCCAUCGCUACCAGAGACAAGUGGAAUGCACCAAGCCAGGCAUCCAAGACCAAGAGUAGCUCCUCCAACCAGCAGAGGGAGAUAGAGAUGGAUACGUUCCUGCACAAAGACAAUCCCAGGGAGAAUGGAACGGCGGGAGAGUACACGGUCAUCCCCCUGGAGGAGCUUCCAGGACCUUCCUCACACUGAGGUUCAGACACAGACUCUCCGGAGGCUUCAGACUCAUCACAGAAACACAAGUCAGAGUUUGAAACAGAACGCUUUGAUCAGAGCAACAAAAGGGUCGGGGCUGUGGAGCACAAACGGUUCCUGUGAACUUCUCAGCUCUGAUCCUAGUCUGAACAUGAUGUGGCUUUUCCUGUCAACUUUCAUAAACUCUCAUUUACUUUUAAACUACAGCAAUAUUCAUGUUUAUGCUUUUAUUGCCAUUGUAUUAUCCAGAAAGAAAUACUGUUAGAUGUUUUAUUGUUUGUUUUUUGUAUGUUUUUUUAACUGGCAAUGAUUCUGUGAAAAUCUCUUUUUUGCAAUAACAUUAUUGGUGUUGUGGAUUGUAACUUAUUUUAAGCUGUUGUGUUGUUUCCCCAACCUUUAUUAAAAAACCUCUGAUUCCUGAA